UCUCCAUUCUUCCCCGAAAACCUCAGCUAAAUUCCCAGAUGCCUGUACUGAUAACUGAUAAACCCAAGUAGAUAUCGAAGAAGAAGAAGUCGGAAUACCUGUUUAACCAAGCAAAAUUUGAGCUUCCUCCGAAUCCCAUUUCAAGUUUUUGAAGUUUCUGUUAUAAAAAUGCUUAGCCUAGGAAGUUAUCCAAGGCAACCCCAAUGUUGUGCCAGCCCAAAUUCACAAUUUCUUCCUCUUUUUCCCCAGAUUCCUCAAACCCAGUUGUUUUUUACCUCAAAUAGAGUGACCCAUCUAAGCAUUCGUCAUCUUCUGUGGCAAAAACGAACUGGGGUGUGCGUUUUUGCACGAAAGGAUGAAGAAAGAGGUGGCAAUGGUGUGGUAGAAAUGGAAGAAAUUGAGGAUUUUGACGAUGACGAUGUUGAUGUGGAUGAUUUUCUUGGGGAUGAAGAUGAAGAUGAUGAUGAUGAUGAGGUAAUUAUUCCAUUAAGAAAUAUGAAGAAAUGGUUAGAAAACAAGCCUCGUGGGUUUGGAGUAGAUAAAGAGUAUGAUACUUCAGUUGAAGAUAAGUUGAUGGAAGAAAUUGAGCAGAGUAGAAAAGCUCAGCUUGCUAAUAUCAAUAAGCUCAAGAACAAUCCAGUUAAAGCAAAUACCAAACCAGUUCAGCAGGAUAAAGUUGUUCAGGAUGAACUCCGUGUGCGCUUGGUCAAUAUUCCGAAGAAAAUGAACAUUGAUAAAGAUCUACGAGUGGCUUUCAAAGGAGUUCCAGGAAUAACUAACAUAGUCCCAGUCGUGACUGGGAACAAGAAGACCAGGAAUCCUAUUUGCAAAGGCCUGGCCUAUAUUGACUUCAAGUCUAAGAAUGAAGCACAAAGAUUUGUGCAAAUGUUUUCUGGACGAAGUAUAAGUUUUGGUAAGGUCCAGAAGCAAAUAAAGUGUGAGAUGAUAUAUCCCGGAUCACUGAAGUCCACAACUAAACAGUCAAUUGAUGAAAUUAAGUAUACUCCUGAACAAGAAAUACCUGAUCUGCACGGAGACCAGGAUGAUGAUUUUGACACAAAUAUCCUCUCGGAUUCAGAGGAAAACAUCUCCACUGACCACAAUGUUGCAGAGGUGGAGGAUUUAUCAGCAUACACGAAUGAUUAUGUAGAAAAUUCAGAAACUUUAUCUGCAGAGUCUACAUCGGGUGAUGAGCAGGAUGUUGGAGAAGAUGAAUUCUCAGAAAAAAAGAAAGUUGAAGCAAAGGAGAAGAAGAAAAAGCCUAAGCAAAAGAAAGAGAAGGUCUCAAAAUUGAAUAUUCCAGGAUCUGCACGCAAGUUGAAAACUAAGGAGAAAGCUGUACUCACUGGAGUUUUAUCCAAAUAUGCACAAAAGAAACCAUCUUGACUCUGAAAAAACCCAAGCUAACAAUGGCCAGCAUUCACAUUUCUGUAGCAACAGUAGCUGGGGUUAUCGUUUUUGCAGUCAUUCAUUUUUGUAGAUUUACUAUUCACUUCAAUAUUAAGGUCAGGUUUGUUGAUUUCUUGUAUGUAAAUGUUAGUAUCUGAAUGAAGUAAUGGAAACAAAUUGUGCGUUCACGCAUAA